AUGGUAAGUCCACCUAGAGGACCUAGGGAGUUAGAAAUUAAUUCCAAACUUCCUCACCAGCAAUUCCUACGACUGCUGGUUCUCUUCGGCUUACUCCUGGCCUCCCAGGCUAGAACUCUGGAUCAGGAGAAGAUUCCGGAACAGGAGAAGGUGGCCAAUCAAGAGAUUGCCUCGCCUCCUGAGGCUGUCGAGGCUGUGGAAGUUAAGCAAGAAGUUUCCCAGGGAAACCAGGAACCAAAACUUCAAAUCAGUAACUCGAUUAACACCCAAGUCAUCCAGGAAGCUCAGCCAUCCCAGUCUAAUUCCAUUCAAUCUGUGGAUGCCCAGGCCAAUCCCGAGGUCAAGUCUGAGGAGAAAGAAGCCAUUGCCAAUGAGAUAGCCAAGGAACAGGAAGAGCAAUCCCCUAAAGAGGAAAUCCCCAAGGAAAACGUAGUGCCGGUGAAGCCAUUAGAAGUCCAAGGACGCAACAACGGCAAUGUCCAGUAUGUGUACGAUUCAAACGGCCAACUUUUGGGUAUCCAAGACCUGGAGAAGAUUUUCAAGUACCAGGGAGUGCAGGUGAUUAACGGAUCCGAGAUUUCCAAUCAGUAUCAGAACCAGUACGGCAAUCCCUUCAACAAGUUCCAUUCCUUCCCGAAGGUGGAGUAUGUGCCGGAUACCGUGACUGUGGUGAACACCACGGGUGCCAAUGUGACCCAUCACAUCCACAAUCACACUCAUUAUUAUCCCAACCAGAAGAAGCCCGGAUUCCCAUUGCCCUUCCUGCCCAAUCUCUUCGAGAAGAACGAACCCACCUAUGUUCAGGUUAAUUUGAACUCAUCCUCCGGCAACGUGACCCAGCACACACACGUCCACGAGGAGACCAAGCCCUUCCCCUUCCUGCCCAAUCCCUUCACGGAUUUCCCCAAGGUAGUGGGUCUCAGCCUGGUCCUCCUCCCCAAUCCAUUCUUUGUGAACAAGAGCCAGAGCAACCUGGGCAGUUCCUCGGGCAAUGCCCAGUAUCAGUAUUACCAGAAGUUCCGCGCCUUCGCCGAUGAGCCUCAGCAGAAGCCAAACUUUUACCUGGUGCCCAAUCCCCUUGGGAAUCAAGUACCCACUGAUGGUCAAAAGGCUGGCGAUGGCAACUUUAUACUGCCUGUGAAUCUGGCUGCUCUGCCGCUCCUGGUUCCCACCUCGGAGGUCAGCCCAGGAAAGGUCUCUUCCGUCUCCGCAGGCAGCAUCAAGUUCGAGGAUCUGAUCAAGGCCACCAAUGUCCAUGUGAGCCAGCCCUUGAAGCUCCAGGCCAACAACGGGGUUAGCCAGUUCCAAAAGGAUCAGGCUGCUGUCCAGCAGAUGAUCCUCAGCCAUCUGAACCAGCAGCAGAAGCUCUUCCAGAAGCAGUCGCUGGUCCCUGAUGAGAAGCGUUCCCACUCCGCGGUCGAGCCAGCUGGAGUCCAGGCGGAGGAGGAGAGCUCCGUCCUGUUCGCUGUGGAGAUCCCAAAGCCCAUUUACCGCUUCUUCAAGGGCAUCUUUGGGGGAUUCUCCAACUAA